GUCAAGGUCGGAAAAGAGAGAAUGUCCUUAAGUUAUUUUAGAAAUUGAUUUCAUAGAGGUAGUAUGUCUCGCUUACCCAAAUCUGUAACUCCAAGCUUAAAGCCGUUCUUUCAAAGUUCACCGUCGACAGUUGGAAAUAUUCGACAGUUCGUUUCUUUUCGUACAGCUGGGUCUAUUCCUUCUGUGGGGAAAGAAGGUCCAAAGAACGUAUUUCACACACUCUGCUGUGGUGUUGGCAAUGGAUAUAGAAGUAAACAUUUUGUCAGGACAAUAUCAUCAUCAUUAAAGUGUUUAAAGGAUGUUGAAGAACCUAAAGAAGUUCAUGAAGUCAAAGAAAAAGAAGCCCCCAAAAGAUCAGGAGCGCCUAUGGGUCAAUUUAUAAAACCAAAUCUAAGACAAAAGAGAAUGUUAGUUUGGAGUAAGAAAUAUCCAUCUGUAGCAGAAGUACCAGAAUAUGUGCCUGUGAGCAAAAUGGUUAAUGCUACUGACAUAUUUCGGAUCAAGGCUAACUUAGCUACCAUGGUGGUGUUUCUAAUAGCAAGUUAUAUCACUAUUAAGAUAGGUCAGCAUCACAGAACUAAACAUAUUCUUGAAUGUCAACAAGAAGCUGACGACUAUCAUGAUAUGAUGGACUUGUUUGAUGCAGAAUUAGAUAAGGCAGAAGAAAAUGAAAAAAGAUAUCUGGAAAAACAAAAAAAAUGAUGCGACCAAAAUUUUGUAUAAAAGGGCUACAUACCUCUAAUUUUAUUAUUUUUAUCAAGUUAUGCAAGAUUGCAUAGUUUUACUUUGUUUUUUUUUUUAGAACACAAAAUCUUAACUAUUCUUUUACAGUAAGAUCUUAAAAUAAAAGUUUUAGGAGGGGAAAUGAUUUUAAGUAAACCCAAAAUUUUAAAAUUAUUGUUAUGUACACCUUUAUGUAUAUUGAUUGUGUUUUUAAAGUAUAGUUUUGUAUGUGAAAGAUGUAUUAGGAUAAUGAAUGAAUUGACCAUGAAUGAUAAUAACUGUAUGAAUAAGUGAUAAAAUUGUUUUGAAAUAUGGUGUGAUAAACCAUAUAACUACAUUAUGUCCAGAGAUGAAUUGUGUUUUACCAACUCUCUUGGUGUUAUGAAACAUCUUGUAUCUAUUUCUAAUAAAAACUGAUGUUAAAAUCAUUUAAAUUUCUCACACCCAUAGCCCAUACAAUAAUGUUGUCCCAAGUUUUCCAUGAUUUUUUUUAGAUUUUGCUCUUAAAUAAUGGGGCAUUAAAUGAAUUAUUUCUACCCUUCUUAUGAAUAGCUCCAAAUAGUUUAAAAUGUAAUCAAAGGCAAUUAUGGUUAGCUUUUCUUAAUUUGACUAGGAGGGCUUUUUCAUAGUCAGUAAUCAUCAGAAGACAAAAUUAAUAAUAAUUCAAACAAAGCAAAUAUUGACCAAUUAAUUACUGACCAUUUGGCUGUAAG